AUGGAUGCUCAUCUUGAUAACGCGUUGAAGUAUUUGUAUCUCAGAGACUAUCAAUUCAUGAGAGCGUAUCAAGCUCUUGCGCUCGUGAACAUUUCCAUGUGUAGGACGAGUUUCUCUCACUCGACGCCGAUGGUGUAUGCGAAUUGGAACAUGAGGAUCUUGACUGAUAUGGCGAUUUAUGCUAGCCGGAUCCUCGCUCCUCCUCCUCCUCUAAGACCCAAGACGGAGAAGAAGACGCCGUGA